AUGACAACCCCAACCUCACCCUCCACAACCACGCCCCCAACCGCAACCCCCGCCACCUUCCCGCGCCUCUCCCCCUCCAACAUCCACGUCCUGAUCGUUGGCGCCGGUUUCGCCGGCCUCACCGCCGCCAUCGAAUGCGACCGCAAAGGGCACCGGGUCACCGUGCUCGAAAAAUCCCCGCACCUCCUCCCCCUCGGCGACAUCAUCAGCUUCGGGCAGAACUCGUCGCGCUUCUUUGCCAAGUGGCUCCGGCGUGUCUCGAGGCGCUGGACCCGCUGGUGCACAAGCACGACCAGUUCCGGUUUCAUUCGUGGAAGGGCGAGAUGGGGAGGGGGGUUACGCGGGGGUGGAGACGGAGGGGGGGGAGAGGCUGACGGCGGAUGUGGUGCUUGCUGCGGAGGGGGUGCGGUCGAGGGGGCGGAGAAGGGGGAUUCGCAUACGGGGUGGAUUGGGGAGGAUGUGCAUUUCCUGGCGGCGGCCAUCAAGGGGGGGAAGGAGAUGAGCUGGGUGUGCACGCACAAGGAUGAAGGGAGUAUCGAAGAGAGCUGGCAGUUCCCGGGGAAGAUUGAGGAUGUGCUACGCGUGGUGGAGGGGUGGGACCCCUUGGUGGUGGAGCUGGUGAAGCUGACGCCGCCUGAGCGGCUUUUUUACUACAAGCUGGUGUUCCGUGAUCCGCUGCCCACCUUCAUCUCGCCCCAGGCAAGGACGGCGCUAAUCGGGGACGCCGCGCACCCCUUCCUGCCGACGUCGAUCCAGGGGGCGAGCCAGGCGAUGGAGGACGGCGUGGUGCUGGCUGCGUGUCUGGACAAGGCGGGCAAGGGCAAGGUGCAGGAGGCGGUGCGGGUGUGGGAGCGCAUCCGCUACGAGCGCGUGCACAAGAUUCAGCAGACCGGCGUGGCGACGCGUGAGCAGUGGCACAAGGCCGAUUGGGACGCCAUCUGGAAGGACCCGGAGUCAAUGCACCUGAAGAGGGAGGCGUGGAUUUUGGAUUUCGACGCCGAAGCAGACGCGUAUGCUAGGUAUGAUGCUGUGAGGGAGGAGCUAGAGAGCGAGAACGGAGUAAGAAGUUAA